UGUAGAAAGGAUCUCGUCCAACCAAUCGAGAAUGCCCAUAAAAGUGAACGCUUGUCUUCUGCUAGUGAUUCUGGAUUUAUCAAGUGAAAGCUGGGGGUGCAGGAUCUAAACCUUUGGGAUACAAAUCAUCACUCAGUCUUGUCAUCAAUUUCUUACCAAUAUAUUUGGAUUCUCAGUUUUUCGUGGAGGGACAGGGCACGCUGAGGUUGAAGGCUGAAGAGAACAUCUAUCCCAAACCUCAAUUUAAAACCAAGAGCCAAAAACAGGGGUGCGGGGAGGCUUCAGCAAGAGGCUCAGCCAUGGAGGGGGACUGCCUCGGUUGCAUCAAGUACCUCAUGUUCAUCUUCAACUUCUUUAUCUUUUUAGGUGGCUCCUUUCUGUUGGGAGUGGGGGUAUGGGUGCUGGUGGACCCAAUGGGAUUUAGGGAGAUAGUUGCGGCCAACCCUCUGCUCUUCACGGGGGUCUACGUCAUCCUGGCCAUGGGGGGCAUGCUCUUCCUGCUGGGAUUCCUGGGCUGCUGUGGAGCCAUCCGGGAGAACAAGUGUCUGCUGCUCUUUUUCUUCUUGCUCAUUCUCAUCAUAUUCCUGGCAGAGCUGGCGGCGGCCAUUUUGGCCUUCAUAUUCCGGGAGCAUCUGACGAGGGAGUACUUCACCCGGGAGCUGAAACGCCACUACCAAGGUCACAACAACACUGAAGUCUUUACCUCCACAUGGAACGCCAUAAUGUCCACGUUUGACUGCUGUGGGGUGAAUAGCCCUGAGGACUUUGAGGAAAGCCUCUUCAGACUGCUCAACCCCAACAAGAUGGUUCCUGAGGCCUGUUGCCAGAGAAACAGUCACCCUGGAGAUGUAGAGUACAUCAGCAGAGAGGAGUGUGUGAGUGGGAGCAUGGCGUUUCACCACAACAAGGGUUGUUAUUCUGCAGUGGUGGAUUAUUUUGAGACGUACAUCUAUAUGGCAGGAGCCUUGGCCAUUGUUGUGCUGACAAUAGAACUCUUUGCUAUGGUAUUUGCCAUGUGCUUGUUCAGAGGCAUCCAGUAACCCCUCCCCCAGACACAACAAAAAUAACAACGAUGAGAGGAACACAAAAGAGAAUGGAUAUAAAAACAUAUGUAGAAUAUAAACCAGAUGUAUAUGUACA